AUGAAAUCAAUCAUCACCUUUUCAGCUGUCGUCUCUGUCGCAACAGCACAGGUUUCAUCAUUUUGCACGCAGUAUGGUACCUACUCAAGCGGCGCAUAUUCAGUCAACAACAAUUUGUGGGGUGAAAGCGCCGGCUCUGGAUCCCAAUGCACCAACGUAAACUCCAUCUCAGGCUCAGGUGUCUCCUGGUCCACGACAUGGACUUGGUCGGGAGGAUCCAGCUCGGUGAAGAGCUACGCCAACUCUGACUUGGCAUUCACCAAAAAGCUCGUCAGCCAGGUUGGCAGUAUCCCUACCUCUGUGCAAUGGAGCUACGACAACACAAAUAUCAACGCCGAUGUCUCGUAUGAUCUGUUCACGGCCGCUGAUAUCAACCAUGUCACUUACAGCGGAGAUUAUGAACUCAUGAUUUGGCUGGCUCGUUAUGGUAGCAUCCAACCCAUUGGCUCGCAAAUCGCCACUGCUUCAGUCGACGGAAACACCUGGGAGCUGUGGUAUGGAUCAAAUGGCUCACAGAAGACCUACAGCUUUGUUGCAUCCUCGCCGAUCACUUCGUUCUCCACGGACAUUAAGCAGUUCUUCAACUAUUUGACCCAGAACCAAGGCUUCCCUGCUAGCUCUCAAUAUUUGAUUGACUUGCAAUUUGGCACUGAGCCCUUCACUGGUGGGCCUGCAACUCUGAGUGUUUCGAAUUGGUCAGCGAACGUUCAGUAG